AUGUGCUGGCACGGGGACGAGGAAGAUGAGGACGGUUCAGAGAAUGACCCGGACGGGCUGUCUGUACUGGAGCAGCUCGGACUUGACCAGAACUCCGACUUUUCGGACUCGAGUGUCCAGCAGCUUCUGGAUGAGCAGCGCGAAAGAAUCCGCAGGGAGAUUCGCAAAGAGCUGAAAAUCAAGGAGGGCGCUGAGAACCUGCGCAGGGCAACCACAGACAAGAGGAACGCGCAGCAGGUGGACAGUCAGCUGCGGUCGUCCAAUCGCAAGCUGGACAGUCUUCAUGCCCAGCUGCAGGAACUGGACGCUCAUAUUGUAGUGAAGGGAGGCGAGGAGAAUAAAGAUGAGUGUCCUCAGUCUCCUGGGGCAGACAGUCGAACAUCAGCCCACAAAGAGCGCAUUGCAGCCCUCGAGAGGCAGCUCAACAUUGAGCUCAAAGUCAAACAGGGAGCGGAGAAUAUGAUUCCCAUAUAUGCUAAUGGCUCCACCAAGGACAAGAAGAUGCUGCAGACGGCACAGCAGAUGCUGCAGGACAGCAAGACCAAAAUCGACAUCAUCCGUAUGCAAAUACGCAAAGCUGUUCAAGCCACUGAGCACAACGAUGACACACAGGUGCACGGAUUUGCCUUUAACCUGUCCCCACACCCCACAGGCAGCCAAGAUCUUUGUGGGGUGGAGCUGCGUAUUGAGGAGCUGAGACAUCACUACAGGGUGGAGCAUGCCGUCGCAGAGGGGGCCAAGAAUGUUCUCCGGCUCCUGGGGACCAGCAAGGUUCAGGACAAGAAAGCCCUGUCUGAGGCACAGUCUCGUCUCAGCGAGGCGUCCCAGCGCUUGGAUCUUCUUCGGAACUCCCUGGAUCGACGUCUGGCAGAUCUACCCGAGGACCAUCCCAAAUCCAGCAUCAUCAAGGAGGAGCUGGUGUUGGCCUCCUCACCUGCCUUCAGCUCCCGUCACGGCGCCCCCUACCUUCAGAACCAGUACAGCACACUCAACAAACCUUCCCCUCUAACCGGCACCUUGCAGGUGCAGCUGCUGGGCUGCGUCGGCUUGUUGGAGUCAGUCCCGGGUCGCAAUAAAGGGACGGCCAUCAUGCUACCCAGCUACAGCCCCGGAGACACCAAGUCCUUCAUGAGAGGCAGUAAAGGAUUGUAUGGCCGCAGUGGCUCUGUCAGUGGGAAAACGCCAAGCAAGACGGAUGAACUCUCCUCUGAGGUGAGCGCAGUGCUGAAGCUGGAUAACCUGGUUGUGGGCCAGACAUCUUGGAGGACUGUGGGAGAACAGGCCUGGGACCAGACUUUCACCGUGGAGCUGGAAAGGUCAAGAGAAAUGGAGAUCGCAGUCUACUGGAAGGACUACCGCUCACUGUGCGCGCUUAAGUACUUGAAGCUGGAGGAGUUUCUGGACAACCAGAAACACAGAGUUCAGCUGGAGCUGGAGCCUCAGGGCGUGCUGUUGGCCGAGGUGAUCUUUUUUAAUCCAGUCAUCGAGAGAGUUCCUCGUCUACAAAGGCAGAAAAAAGUCUUUUCCAAGCAGCAAGGCAAGGCGUUCCUGCGGGCUCGUCAGAUGAAUGUGGACAUCGGUACAUGGGUGAGGUUGCUACGAAACGCCAUCCCCACCGUGAACAACUCUGGAACUUACAGCCCCAACGCACACAGCCACUCUCUUAACUCUGGGGAGAUCUCAGUGGAGAAGUUGAGUUUGGACAGCGACUCUCCAAUAAGAGGAGAUUACAAGAGAGACUUGGACACACACACUCCGGUGAGACAGACAGAGAGAGAGGAGACCAAGGAGAUAGGGGAGGACCUAUUGCCACCUUGCGAGUCCCUUACCCCCAGAGACCACACCCCUGAGUCCCCUGUCCGAACCCUGUCUGCUAGGAGUAGGCAGAAGAAAGGUCCUCUGUCUCUCCAGGACUUCAGGCUAAUCGCUGUGCUGGGAAGGGGACAUUUUGGGAAGGUGUUGCUCUCGGAGUAUAAGAAGACUGGAACAAUGUAUGCCAUUAAAGCUCUGAAAAAAGGAGAUAUCGUUGCUCGGGAUGAGGUGGAAAGUCUGAUGUGCGAGAAGCGAAUCUUUGAGGUUGUGAACUUGUCGCACCACCCCUUCUUGGUCAACCUCUUCGCGUGCUUCCAGACCCCAGAGCACGUGUGUUUUGUGAUGGAAUACACAGCAGGUGGCGACCUUAUGAUGCACAUCCACACAGACGUCUUCAAAGAGCCACGAGCAGUGUUUUAUGCGGCUUGUGUGGUUCUUGGACUUCAGUUCCUUCAUGACCAUAAAAUUGUGUACAGAGACCUUAAGCUUGACAAUUUGCUGCUAGACAUGGAUGGCUAUGUGAAGAUUGCAGACUUUGGGCUGUGUAAAGAAGGAAUGGGCUAUGGGGACCGGACAAGCACAUUCUGUGGAACGCCUGAGUUUUUGGCCCCAGAGGUUCUCACUGAUACUUCCUACACCAGAGCUGUAGACUGGUGGGGACUGGGAGUCCUCAUCUAUGAAAUGUUGGUGGGAGAGUCUCCAUUCCCUGGCGAUGACGAAGAGGAGGUGUUUGACAGCAUUGUGAAUGAUGAAGUCCGCUACCCGCGCUUCCUCUCCACUGAAGCAAUCGCCAUAAUGAGAAGACUUUUAAGGAGGAAUCCUGAGAGAAGACUUGGAUAUGGUGAAAAAGAUGCAGAGGAGGUGAAAAAGCAGCCAUUUUUCAGAAAUGUGGACUGGGAGGCGCUGCUGCAAAAAAAGGUCCCCCCUCCCUUUGUCCCCUCCAUUCGCGGCAAGGAAGACGUCAGUAACUUCGACGAAGAGUUCACCACCGAGCUGCCGACGCUCACUCCUCCACGCGAGCCCCGCGUCCUCACCCGCAAAGACCAGGAGAGCUUCCGGGACUUUGACUACGUGUCGGACCUCUGCUAGCCGGCUGAAGCGCACAGACCUCAAGGAAUGUUGGGUUUUUUGAAGACUCUUUGGGGGGUUUUUUGUGGAAAUUUUGGACGGAGGGGGACUCCUGUGACCGUCCAUUGCUGUCUCUCGUUACUCACAAUGUGAACAAUUGCAGAGACUUAAGGAUUGUGUUUGGUUUGGGUUUUUAAAAUUGGAGACUAAGAGAAUAGAAGCUCGAUGGGUCACAAUGAAGGAUAAACGAAAGCCCCCCCCCUCCCUUCCGUAGCCGUACAUCCGUGAGAUAUGUAACUUGCAUUAGCAUUCAAAAUACCUCCUACCAUCCUCUUAAGUGUCAGUGUGGUCACCGUGCAGCUGCCAGAGGAGAAACCUACUUUACUUACUGUCUUUUGGGGGUUUUAGUGUUUUUGUUUUUUUUAACAAUGACUGUUUAGUGGUUGCCCAGUGGCCUCUCAUACCAAUGCCUUACAUUUUCUACUCGUAGUCGUUCCACGAAGAGCCAUUUUUUUCUCGGUAGACGCUGGGCCCUUAUGUUCAGUGACAGAGUGCUGCGGGAAAGAAAUGGAGACGUUAUCGAAGCUUGGUUAUUCUGACUAAUGCAAGAUUGAGUCGUUUUUAAAUAUGGGGUAAAAAACCACUGCAGUGGAUUACUGUUACAUCCACCAACUACAUUUUAACAUGAUGCUGCUUUGAUUUUUCGACUAUAAUCUGCAAAUCAGCUGUAUUUAACAACCCAUCAGUUUGUUAUUCAGCUCCCUGCACACAACUUUUUUAUUUUUAAUUGGGACAAUUGAGUUUUAGGUAGAUUUAAAGAGUUAGAAUAUACAAUCAUCAGCAUUAAAAUGUCAUAUUACAGAAAAGAAAAAAAAUGGAACUCUAAACUGUGAUGUAACACGCUUGACAUCAAGGUUUUGAAUGAAAUGGAUCAGGUUCAAUCUUUGUUCAAAUGGAUUAAGUCAUUUCCUUCCAGGACAAUUUGAAUUUUUGGUCUCAGUGACUGCAUGACUUGAUUUAAGUGUCUGUGUUGAACCAUUUCCAGGUUACCAGCUGUUAUCACAGGGUUUGGUUUCCACUUUCCGACACCGAAUGAUAUCAAAAUACUUGUUGAAUAUCUGCAUAUCCACUUUUGUCCAGCAGGUCCUUCAGAUCGUGCAGCAGCUUGGUCGGUUUGUCUCGGCAAUACAUUUCUACAUGUGGACAGUGAUUUAAUCAAAAAGCAACAAACUGAUCAAAAUGAUUUUUACAAGAAAUGGUAGUAAGUGGCAAAAUGUGAUAUUAUAGGUUCAAGUUACAUUAGAGGUUUGUCGUGAGUCUGUAUGUAUAAUGGUGUGGAUUUUACUUAUGAGUACGACAAUACAAAACCAUUGAGCAAUUAAUGUCUUCUUUCAUAAAGAAAUCCUGGCGUUAACAC